AACAGAUAUAAAGUUGACGUCAGUAGUGUACGCAAACGUUUAAUCCGACGCGAUAGAGACUCACUGCGAUGCGAGAGGCUUCUCCAUUCGAAUCAAUACAGCACACACUCGUACACAUACUCACGUAAUCCGCGGACAUACAUAUGUAAUACACGCAUGCGGUACGUUGCAUUAUGUUGAGAGUGAAAAUAGCAGACAUUAAUAUCAAGUCUGACUGGAAUUUUCUCUGUUCGUACAUCGUAUCGCAUAGCCUCUUCAAAUUAAAGAGAGCAACAAUGGCAUUACCGAUGAGGGCGGAAACAAGCUGUAGAGAGAAUACAUUAAGAAUAUUGAAAUCAAAUAUUUGCGAAAUGAAACUUGACGAUGUUGUGAAUGGAAUGGAAAUGUUUGAUGAACUAUCGUGGGUUUUCCGGUGACAUUGCACUGCCAAACAUCAGAUACGAUACAGAAUGGCGCGAACAAAAGUUAAAUAAGAGCUAUCUGGAAGAAUUAAACAAAUACAGAGAAGAAAUAUUGAAGGAAGGUCUUCAGGUGGAAGAGGAAGGUCUCACAGAGAUUCUUCAGUUCAAAAGCGAACACGAUACCAGCAAACAGGUACUUGGUGAACAUGAGGUGCUCAUUCAAGAGAAGUCGGAGUCGAUCAUGGUAGACCGCAACCAAUAUAAUACGGGUGGCAAGUCUGCCGAUGGUUUCAGCUUUAAUUCCAGGAACGAUGAUACUAAUCCUGCAGUGAAAGACGAGGGCUUUGAAUUCAGACUGGAAUCCUCAACACAAGUCUCGAAGAAGAGACAUCGACGGCCAAGUCAUCGGCAGCUUUCGAGGACGCUGUCAAACUUGGGGUCAAUCAACACGAGACAUGAUAUGUCUCUUGAAUUUCCAAUUACUACAGAUAUCGGUAUUACUACCGAUGCUAGUAAAUACACAGACCGCGCAUAUACGGACAGCGUCAAAGAGACAUUUACCGUGCAACCCAAAAUGAGCACGCAAGGUCUACCGAACCGACGACAUCAUCACAGAUGUCAUCAUCGUAGAAGUACCUUACGGAGGCGUUCUCGUGGUCAUUGCAAUCGUCGAACGUACGAUUCUAUGAGCGAUGCGUCGGAUGAAGUUGUUUCCGUGCACGAUCGACGUCUUCGUUCCAUCGAAUUCUACGAUAUGGAGCACAAGCCGAAAUAUGUAGCAAACAAGCGUGGCACGACGAGACACACAUUUUUAAGUAGAGCACGUCGAGCUGCCACCGCGAGAAAGGAACGAGUGUGGGAUCAUGGCGUGAUACCCUACGAGAUCGAUGGGAACUUUUCGGGCGCUCACAAAGCCCUGUUUAAGCAGGCGAUGAGACACUGGGAAAAUUUUACUUGCGUCAAAUUUGUGGAAAGGGUACCCAGAGAGCAUCCCAAUUACAUCCUAUUUACGGAAAGACCUUGUGGAUGUUGCUCCUUUGUCGGAAAGAGAGGUAACGGACCGCAAGCCAUUAGUAUCGGGAAGAAUUGCGACAAGUUUGGCAUAGUGGUGCACGAAUUGGGUCAUGUCGUUGGAUUUUGGCACGAACAUACCCGACCGGAUCGCGAUCGUCACGUACAAAUCAUCCGUGAUAACAUUAUGAGCGGGCAGGAGUACAAUUUUAACAAGUUGACGGAAGAAGAAGUAAAUUCGCUCGGCUUACCCUACGACUACGACUCCAUUAUGCAUUAUGCAAAGAAUACCUUUUCAAAAGGCACUUACUUGGACACAAUUCUACCUAUGGAAAUCCAUGGUAAAAAGAGACCCGAGAUUGGACAACGAAUCCGCCUGAGCGAGGGUGACAUCGCGCAGACGAAUCUUUUGUACAAAUGUCAUAAAUGCGGUAGAACUUUCCAGGAGAACAGUGGUAGCUUCGGAUCACCGAAUUACCCGAACAAUUCUCCAACUGUCGACGGAGAACGAUGCGAAUGGAGGAUCACGGCGACGCACGGAGAACGCAUCGUCCUAAACAUCACGUCUCUCGACAUAUUCAAGAGUGAUUACUGCCGUAGCGAUUACCUCGAAAUACGAGACGGAUAUUGGUACAAGAGCCACGUAUUAGGUCGAUUUUGCGGCAGCGGUAAGAUAAAGGAGCCGGUAGUGUCGACCGGAAGUCGCAUGUUGGUAACAUACGUGACGUCUAGUCGACAAAACGGCCACCGUGGCUUCACGGCAAGCUACGAGGCUGUUUGUGGCGGCGACGUCGAAUUGGACGGCGUAGGUCAUCUGGAAUCGCCUAAUUAUCCAGAGGAGUAUCAAUCCAGCAAAGAGUGCGUGUGGAAACUGUCCGUACCUCGAGAUUAUCAAGUAGCCUUGAAGUUUCAAUCUUUCGAGAUCGAGAACCACGACAAUUGCGUGUACGACUAUGUCGAAGUGCGUGACGGACAUAACGAGGAUUCCGCUCUGAUCGGCGUUUAUUGCGGUUACAAGAUACCGCCGGAUAUCAAAUCGACGGGGAAUCAAUUGUUCGUCAAAUUCGUCAGCGAUAGUUCCGUGCAAAAGGCUGGUUUUUCGGCGACUUUUAUGAAAGAAUUCGACGAGUGCAAGUUGACGGACCACGGUUGCGAGCACGAUUGUAUCAAUACGCUCGGUGGGUACGAGUGUUCUUGCAAAGUCGGUUUCGAGUUGCAUUCCGACGGUAAACACUGCGAAGAUGCCUGCGGUGGAUUUUUCGACGACAAUAACGGCACCAUUACUAGCCCGUCGUUUCCUGAGUCAUAUCCAGGAAAUAAAAAUUGUGUUUGGGAAAUUAUCGCUCCACCUCAGUAUCGCAUUACUUUGAAUUUCACACAUUUCGAUUUGGAGGGCAACAAUAUGUACCAAGAAGAAUGCGAGUACGAUUCCGUAGAAGUGGUGAGCAAACUCGGCGACGACGUUUACAGAAAGCACGGAAUAUUUUGCGGUGCGCGAUCACCACCACUGAUCACGUCCGAAGGCAAUUUUAUGAGAAUCACCUUCACAUCCGACAACAGUGUUCAAAAAUCAGGCUUCGCUGCUGUAUUCUUCACGGAUAUGGACGAGUGUGCUAAUAAUAACGGAGGGUGUCAGCACGAGUGCAAAAAUACGAUAGGUUCUUACCAGUGUUCCUGCCAUAACGGUUUCACGCUUCACGAAAACGGUCACGAUUGCAAAGAGGGUGGUUGCAAGUACGAAAUCAUCGCGCCCUUGGGAACGAUCACUUCACCGAACUAUCCGGAUUAUUAUCCCGGUCGUAAGGAUUGCGUUUGGCAUUUCACCACGAAACCAGGCCAUCGGAUAAAAUUGGUUUUCAGAGUUUUUGAGAUGGAACCACAUCAAGAAUGUGCGUACGACCACAUUGCAAUUUACGACGGAGAUUCGCCGGACAGCAUUACCUUGGGCAGAUUUUGUGGUACUAAAGAACCACAUCCGAUUCUCGCGACGGCCAAUCAAAUGUACAUGGUCUUCAAAAGCGACGCUUCCGUGCAGAGGAAAGGAUUCCUCGCGACCCAUAGCACAGCUUGCGGUGGUCAUCUCAUGGCAACGGAUCGAGUUAAGCAUUUAUAUUCUCACCCCAAGUACGGUUAUCACAAUUACGACCACAGAACAGACUGCGACUGGGCGAUAGAGGCACCGGUUGGCAAAAUCGUCCACUUGACUUUCCUCUCGUUCCACCUCGAAUACGAAAGCGAAUGUGGAUAUGACUUUGUCGAAGUAUUUUCUGGAUUAGACGCGUCUAGUCCACCUUACGGGCGAUACUGUGGUACCUCUAAUACCACUGACUUCAUGUCGAUGAACGAAGCGCUGCUGAUAAGAUUUAGAACGGAUGAUACGAUUGCGAACAAAGGUUUUGUCGCUAUCUUCGUGGCGGUCGACCGGCAGGAGAGCGAGGAGAAUCUUGGCGGCGAAGACAACGAAGAUUCCAAAAAUCUUUGAUCUUCGGCUCAGUCCGUUAAUCGACUGGAUUAUGAGUUUUGAAGAGACUAUUUCCGUGAAGAUAUCUCACUCACGCGACAAUACAAUUAUAUGCGUUUCUUCUUCUUCUUCUUAAGUUUUAAGUAAGAUGUAACUUUUACGGAAAACACAUGUUAGUUCGACGCUUCGAUCGGAAGGAUUGAAUGGAUCGUACCGUUGAUCCAAUGCGACAUCAAGUACGAUCGAAGAUAGCUUUAAUAGGAGAUAUCUCAUCAUAUCAUCUCCUUCUCGUCUCAACUGCGCUAUAAGAGGCGAUAAUUAAUGUUACUUAUAAAUUAUCUGUCAACAAAGAAAAAUAUUUCGUAAGAGAAUAAAUAUUUGGCCUAUCGCGGAACAUUUAUGUGCCAUAUAGUUAAGAUACAAUGUAUUAAUUAAUAGUAUACUUUAUAUCGAUCAAGAUGGAGAAAUUUGUUUGGAAGGAUAAGAUAGACUCUAAAAUAACGUUACGCUAAAGCUCUUACGGCAAACUUAUAACGUAUACACAUAUAUGAUUAUUACGUAUAAGAGGUCAUUAUCAUCGAUAUUGUAAUCGAUAAUAGAAAGGAACAUAGAUAUCGAUCUACCUGUUGACAAUGUUCUCGUGAAAAAAAGGAAAAAAAAAUGAACAGGCACUGCCGAGAUGACAGUAAUAUCAACGACUAAUUCCAUACACAUCACAAUGAAACAAUUACAUUAUACAAGUAACUGACAAAAAUUUUGCGUAGAAACAUUCGACGCAUCAAGCAUUUUAUAAUAAUGUACACGGUAUUGACAAUUAUGGCGGCACAAUAUUGCAACGUAUUCGGCCCGCGUUCGCAUCGCAAUGUAUCUACGAAGAGAAGGGCUAGAACGUAAGGGGAAGCGCCACCACCAAGCAGAUACGAGAGUCAGCAGUGUUUUGUAGAUAUUUCGUUGCGUUUUCUGGUGGUACAAUAUAGCGCGCGAACAUUGACACUUAUAAAAUGAACGAUAUUCGUGCGUGUAUGCGUUUUUGCGUGUCAUGCGAUUUGCGCGAGAAUAUCCAACAGCACGUCGAACGUUCAUUGUAUAUAGACAAAGUUAAUUAUAGAUACUAUGUCGUUUUAUAUGUAUCGGCGGCAUUGGUAUUUGGUAGCUUACCAAAUGGUCAAAUAAAUAUUCGAACGUUUACUUUUUUA